CUGCGGCUGGCAGCGUCCUGUGCUCAAAGGCCAUCGUCAAAUCACCGCGAGCUGCCUGAGUUGGUCCGCAAGAUCGCAUCCACGACGGUCGGCUCUAGAUCCAAGAAGCGGUACGCCUACUAUCUGCGCUACUUGUCCCAAUAGCCCGGUUACCCCCGAUCGUCCGGCUUCCAUAAAAGAACUCCUGGGGCAUCUGCAGCGGCAAAGCAAGCAGGCCACCCUCGGUGCAUUGUCUGCUUACGCCAUCAUUGUGAAGUUCGUGGACACUUCCUGCUAAGUAGCUGCGUUCCUGAUGUGGCCCAACUGCUCUUGUGGCGGCGUUAGAUGCGAUCACCGAGACAGCGCCUACACCAACGCCUGUCUCGAGACUGCGGUCACCGCCUGUAACUACUACCCGCUACCCUGGAACCCUUGUACCAUUCAUUUCACCAAUAGCUUCGUUGCUGCUUCUCGCGUUGAUUCCUCGGUAAAAGUGGAAACGUUGCCCGACGUCCCGGCGUCGUUCCUGAUGCUGCAGCAGCAGCCUCGUCGUAGACGACUGUGUCGGCAGCAGUGCUGCGCGGGCGAGGCUGCGGCGGCGGCCGCGUUGAGGAGGUCGCUGAAAGCCCAACGGCAGCGGAUCCGACGCCUGGACGAGUCCUACCGUGCCGCCGAGAGGGCGCGCAACGCGCAACGCCAGCGGCGACUCAGAGCCGACGCAGAGUACCGCGAGCGCGAGCUGCUCAGGAGCCGCCUACGGAGGCAGCAAAAGAAUGCGCUGUGCCGCCAGAGAGCUCAGUAUUGUUCCUUCGAGGAACUCAACUGGCUGCGAGAGUGCUUCAGCGGUGAGGAAUGGGCUUCCCUGCAGAGCCUGUGGUCCACACCCACACAAGAUGUCGGAUGGCAGCGUGACGCCAAAGAAGCCUGGACAAACACGACAACCUGGGCUCCAGCCAUAGCGGCUGGAGCGGAUCCAGUUCCGCAGACGGCACCACGGUUGUCGUUUAUGGCGCCUACGGCAAUCCAUGACAUGAGUGCCGCGCGAUAUCCGCCGCUCAUCGUCGGGCCGGAAGCUCCGGGCGACGAGCCUAAGACUCGGCUCUUGCUGUCCGUGCCAGCCAUUGCCUUGGACAUGGCCUCCACCGUCACACUGGAAGACCUCUUGACUGGAGCCAUACCAAUGCGCUUUGGGCCAGACGGCCGCUUGGUGCCUUUGGAGAGCAACGAAGAGCUCGCUGCUUGAAUAAAAGCGAACAACGCGGCGAGCGUUAC